UUGAUCAUUGCGAUUGGCGACACGAACGAGCGGAGGGAGUGCAAUGGUGACUGGCUCGUGAUUGUCACAAUACAGGUCCAAAGCCACCACAACAGCUAUCAAAGUAAUCGGCGUGUUUCCGUCGAAAGCGUGACGUGGAAGGUGGUCCCGUGUAGAGCUCUCGUUGGUUGCCAGGCGAGAAGGUCGCGCGAGAAUCGGCGACUUGCGAGACUGCUCGACCCUAGAGUUUGCAUACCCGCGCCAACCUUCUUCAACAAAAUCCAUCUUGCCCAGUUCGAGUACAAGAUCACACAAGGUAGCCGAUAUGCCCCUCUCACCUUCGCCAUCUUGGGGCAGCCGCACCCGUCGACAUGAACGUUCCCCGUCGCCGCCGUCCGCGUACCAACGACGUUCGCGGUCGCCCGAGCGAUCGGUGGGCAGUAGGCGGGAUACCGAAAGAGGCUGGGGAGGAACAGAUGACGGAGGAUGGGGGCAUCGUACCCAAGACCGAUAUGCGACGGCUGGAGACAAUUCCCGCUGCGCAAACUCACGUGGGGAUUCUGGAUGGAGUGCAAGAGUGUCUUCUAGUCGCGGUGCGGCGAGCAUGGGUGGUCGCUAUGCUCGAGACACGGAUCUUGGUAAUAGCAACAGUGGCAACGGUAGAUGGGGACGGGAUCGGGACAGCGACUAUCGAGGUGCGGACGAAGGAAGGCGUCAAGGCCACGAAAGCGAGGAUGUAGAAGUGCGUGAUGCUGUCUCAGAUUCCAAAUACACGAUCGCCAUCCACGGCCUUUCAAAAAACGUCGCUCCGCGGCAUUUGCGCGAGAUCUUUGGCGCAUACGGCGACAUUAAAAAGCUGGAAUUGCUAAUCCACGCAAGGUCCGGAGACUCAAAGGGAGAAGCCUAUGUGUCCUUCCACGCGCCUCAUACAUCUCACAGCUCCUGUCGCUCAUCACGCCGCUCACCGAGCCCAUCGCCCCCGUCAGCGAGCACUGCCAACCCAGCGCAAAAGGCCGUCGCGCACAUGCAUCAAGGGCAGAUCGAUGGGACGAUCAUCGAGGUCAAGAUGAGAGCCUGGCCUUAUCAUCUCUUGCGGGUCCAUGCUAGAGAAGGCGGAAGGGAGAUAGACAACGACGGCGGGGGCACCACCGGCGCUGGAACACGCCUCGCAGCGAGAGAUGCAGACGACGGCACCUGGGCUCCGCGUGGCAGGGAUCGCGAAUUGGGUCGCAGAACCGAUCUUCCCUUGGGGAGAUGGGGUAAAGAUUCUAGUCGCGAGCGAGACUGGGCGUCGUCCCGCGGCGGUCGUGAUGCUUUUGGGAGGGAUGCCGCUCGAGCAGGAGCCGGUGCAGGAGCAGCAGACGAUGAUACAGGCGCCGGUGAUGAUGCAGGCCUGGGGGAAUCGAAUACGCGGGAAUCUGGCCUCGGAGGCAGCAACUUCGAUCGCGCACCAGGCGGUGGCGCUGCCAACGGCAGCUGGGGCCGAGCACCUCGGGCUGGCGACACGUUCAGCGAAAGCAGGCCCGGUGCAGACGACAGACGUGGCAACAGCUCUCGUGCCGGGGUCGGUGGCGGUGGGCGCGCGAUCGGUACUGGCGCCAACGCUGGUCUCGCUAGCGGCUGCGGAUGGGGCUCUGCAAAAGAAAAUAGGCAGGGUGGAGGGUAUGGUGGCGGUGGCGGCGCAGGCGGCCGCUGGGCGCCAGGUGGGGGAUCUCGAAGGAGCUCUAGUCCUGAUCGUCAAAGGGAUGAAGAUAAUGGGCAACAAACCAGCACGAUGGAUAGCGGGAGAGAUUGAUGAUCUCUGUCAAGUAACCCAUCUAUCGUCCAGCAGACGCAGCGACACGGUAAGCGACGCCAACCACACAGCCAAGCUGGGUCCUCUCUCAAAUUUUAAGCACUACGUAGAUUUUAGCUUGGGAGAACAAGGGAAUCGAUUUGCGCAUUUGUAGCGAAUAAUAAUACACGUGGGAAGCGUGAUUGACUCGAAACGAAGGUUU